CAUCUCUCACAACUUCUAUUUCAUCACCAUCUCCUGAGCUUUUUCUGGGUUCCGCUUUGUGUCCAGAAUACGUCUUGCUAAGAGACUCCAAAACAAUUUGAGGAUAUAAUGGACGUUACUGGUCUUGUCCUCAGCGUGGCUAGCGCGGCGUCAUUGUUCAUUACUUGCAUAGAGUGUUUUGAUAUCGUGGUCAAAGGCAAGAAUUUUAGUGAAGAUUAUGAACAACUGUACACAUUGUUUUCAAUACAAAGAACUCGCUUUGGGCUCUGGGGAGAGUCCGUUGGUCUGAUUCCUGACCCUUAUGGCGUGAAAAGGGGCUACAAUACGAAUCUAGAUCGGCCGGACAUACGGCCGCUUGUGGCGGCUACCCUCAACAACAUCCGACUGUUACUACAGAAGGCAAAUCAAGUCGAUGAUAAGUAUACCCUCGACGCCGCCGCUCCACAGGGUAGAAAGGUCUCCGAACCUCAAGGUCUGCAGGUCUUCAAGGCCCCAUUCGACCGAUUCAGGAGCCAGAUCAAGAGGACUCAGAAAGAGACAUCGACUUGGAAGGUCACACAGUGGGCCAUCCACGAUGAGGCCAAGUUGAGAGGAAUCAUAGAUCGGCUCCGAGAGUACGUUGAUGGGUUGGAGAGCAUUACUAGUUCUCUAGGCUUGUGGGCAGAUCAGCAGGCUAGACUCAAGGAUGAGAUUGAAAAUAUCUCUGAUGUCGAAAGUCUGAAGCUACUCCGAGAUUCGAACUCAGGCAACCUUAUCACAGCCUCACAGGACAUUUCGGAUACAGCCAGUAGACGUCUUGUCUCACUCGCAGAAUCGAUCUUUGAGCAGAAAGCUUUGGAGGGGUCGGUGAUUGGACGAGAGGAUGAUUCUUUCGUUACUGCGUACUCAACCCCUUCAACAUUCAAUCCGCGGAUACCGGGUUCAUGGCCGAAGUCGAUAAGCUCUGCUAUCCUUGGACCUCGCCUGGUUUCAAAUGCUCAGCCAGCUGAACAGAAGCUUGAUCAGAAGAAUGCCCCUAGGAACUCGUGCAAACAAUGUCUCAAAGCAGUGCGCGAUUGCGAGUCGGGCGACCUUCCACAAUGUUCCAACUGCACUUCUUUCAAUCUUGACUGCAGUUGGCUUGUUGACAGCUGUCGAAAACCCGAGGACGAUAACUUGCCCGUCACGGACCAGGAUGAGAAUAUGCAAAUGCCUCAGAAUCAACGUUGGGUGGCCGAGAUUAUGCAAAAGGCGAAACCCCAUGUACCACAAAGCUUUGAAAUGGGAGAAGCCAAUUACGGGAAGUGUCUUUCUGUCAUCAAAGCUGAAGACGGAGAACAUUGCCAGAACACUUCUGUCAAACUCAUAGCACAGGCAGAAGUUGGCUUGUCUUCAGCAAAAAGAAUGUUCCUGGAGCUCCGCAACAUACGCACUGGAAAAGUGCCAUUUGUGAGUGCUACUCCAGUUGGCGACAGUCUUGAUAAGGUUUUGGCCAGUAUAGAAGGUCCUCUCGAAACGCCAUAUGAGGGAGGAGUCUUUUGGAUCACAAUCAGACUUUCGCAGAAAGACUCACUUGGGCCACCGCUCAUGAAGUUUCAGACCAGAGUCUAUCAUCCGAACAUCUCUCCACAAGGACAUAUUUGCGCGGACUUUGGCGAUAAGUGGAAUGCAUUCCGCACGCAAAGACACACCACCAAUGUCACGUCGAUGUGGUAUCGGGGAAAGUCUUCGACACCACAGUGGACACUUGGUGCAUUACUCACAGCAAUAUGUGGCCUAUUGGCUGCGCCUGAUGUAGACGACCCACUGGUUCCAGAAAUUGCCCAGAAAUAUUUAGAGGACUAUGCCGCUUAUUGUGAGAAUGCUCGACUUUACACGAAGCGAUAUGCUACCGGCCAGCGUCCGGAGGAAGCUAGUCUUUCAUUUUUGGAAGAGGAGGCAAAGCCAUUUGAGUCUGGAGUGACAACUGAACCAGAUUCACUUGACCUCGAUCAGAGUGAUGGGAAAUCGUCGCACGAGUGUGUACAAGUUAGUAACAGGAUAAUUCAGGAUUAUGAGGAUCAGUAUCCUGGCGGACUUCUUUCUCAAAGUUGCAGAGCAUCUGAAAAUACUUAUGAAGACUCGGAUAGCAGUGAGGACGAGCUAUCAGACGACGCAACGUCGUUUUCAGAAUGCAAUGGCGACUCCAUUCAAGACUAUUCAGCUCAAGGAAAUCUACCGAAUGCGACCGGUUCAACAAAGCCUCAAGCAAGUAAUCCGUCGAACUUUGCGAAGUAUUUCCACAGUCAAAGGAAACUACUUGUUCGUCACAAUGAUAGUGUAAUAGAUGGGGAUGCGAAUAUUCGCGUCGAUACUGAGAUCGAAGAAGAUGGACACUUGAUCCUAUUGACACUCUUUCAUGUGAAGAUAAACGAUCUAAGAUCUCGAAAGUUGUCAGUUCGGCGAUACGAAAGGCAUUCUGGACGAGAGGUGUGCCACACGGGCCGUGGGCGCCAGCUUAAUGAAAAGUCUACCAGCGAACAAGCAACAUGGAGCGAUGUACUGACAGCAUCGAGAGCUUAUUCAAGAUCCCACCGAAGAAGGACAUCAUCAGUAAGUAGUGCUCGGUCUAGAGCAUCGAGUUUAAAAUCAGUUCCUGAAGAAUCAGCCACUGUAGAUGACGAUGACGACCAAGACGACGCGGCUUUUUCUACAGAGUCGGCACCACAGGGACCAGCGAAUACAAUACAACUUGAAUUCAGUAAUUAUGCUCAGGUAAAGUUGAUUCGGAGAGGGAAGAUGAUGGUUCGUUAUGAAUUCGAAUACUGGGGCUCCGAUUACACAUGGAGACGCAAUCUUUCUGAUCAUAAUGCGUUCCAUCUCCAGAAGAUAGAAAUAAACAACGCUAUCGCAGGUAUUGUACCUGAGACACGAACGCCUGAUCAAAUUCGAGAUGCGGACAAGGCUGGCCAUUUGGUACCACCAUGCUGAAUAUGGAUUGCAGACGAACAAGUCCUGAGUAGCACGAUCGAUAUUGCCGAUGUUAUCAUGUCCACAGGACUUGUGGUGCUCAUCGAUAACAGCAUCAAUCGAUCUUUGGAGAAGCAAGAUAAUGGCCAUCAAACGAAGGAAAGCAAAAUAUCCAAAACGACUCGCACGAAGUUCGUUGGUCCCAGUACAGUGCGCAAUUUCUUCAGAAGAAAAAUCUCCAAAACUCCUGUGAACAACAACAUCGACUCUAGUCGUCAACUUUAACGUUAUCUGAAAGUUCAUGUUCACCAUCAAGU